AUGCGUGAAAAGCACACUGCACUCAUGAAACCUAUUGUGUUUGCCCUUGAGCAUGUUUGUAGUAUCACUGCAGCACCAGCUGAAACACCUCAUGAAAAAUGGUUCCAGGACACCUAUGGAGAGGCCAUUGAAAAUGCUCUGGAAAAACUUAGAAAUCCAUCCAAUCCUGCUAAUCCUGGAAACAGCUGGACACCCUUCAAGCAGGUUAUGCUAAGCUUGCAGCAAAGAGCACAGAAACGUGCAAGCUACUUGUUACGACUUGAAGAAAUUAGCCCUUGCUUAGCAUCAAUGACAAACACUGAAAUUGCCUUACCAGGGGAAGUGUCAGACAGGGACCAUCACAAUUCACAGUGUGGGCAGUACAAUCACUAUCUUACCUACAAAAACUAAACCAAAAAAGUUCAUCUUCCUGGGAUCUGAUGGGAAAAAACUACCCAUAUCUUUUCAAAGGUUUGGAAGACUUGCAUCUUGAUGAACGCAUUAUGCAGUUCCUGUCUAUUGUAAAUACCAUGUUUGCAACUAUUAAUGGUCAAGAGUCUCCCCGUUUUCGUGCAAGACACUAUUCAGUCACACCCCUUGGCACAAGAUCUGGGCUUAUUCAGUGGGUGGAUGGAGCCACACCUCUUUUUGGUCUUUAUAAAAGAUGGCAACAAAGGGAAGCUGCUUUGCAAGCACAAAAGGCCCAAGAUUCCUAUCAGACUCCUCAAAAUCCUGCAAUGGUUCCCCGACCCAGUGAACUCUACUACAGUAAAAUAGGUCCAGCUCUCAAAGCAGUUGGGCUGAGCUUAGAUGUUCUCGUCGAGACUGGCCUCUUAAUGUGAUGAAGUCUGUACUAGAAGAGUUAAUGGAAUCCACUCCUCCAAACCUGCUGGCUAAAGAAUUGUGGUGCUCAUGUGCUACAGCUGAUGAGUGGUGGAGAGUUACGCAGUCCUACGCCAGAUCAACAGCUGUAAUGUCCAUGGUUGGCUAUAUCAUAGGUCUUGGUGACAGACAUUUGGAUAAUGUUCUGAUUGACAUGACAAGUGGAGAGGUAGUUCACAUAGACUACAAUGUCUGCUUUGAAAAAGGGAAGAGCCUACGCGUUCCUGAAAAGGUUCCCUUCCGAAUGACCCAAAAUAUUGAAAGUGCACUGGGCGUGACAGGGGUGGAGGGAGUUUUCCGUCUGUCUUGUGAGCAGGUUCUCCAUAUAAUGAGAAGAGGAAGAGAGACAUUACUGACAUUGCUUGAAGCUUUUGUUUAUGACCCUCUUGUGGACUGGACUGCAGGGGGAGAGGCGGGAUUUGCAGGUGCAGUCUAUGGUGGAGGAGGACAACAGGCUGAAAACAAACAAAACAAACGAGAGAUGGAAAGAGAGAUCACACAAAGCCUCUUUUCCUCCAGAGUGGCUGAAAUAAAGGUGAACUGGUUUAAGAACCGGGAUGAGAUGCUAAGUGUCCUGCCUAAGCUAGACAGUAGCUUGGAGGAAUAUCUAAACUUACACGAAGAAUUAACAGAGGUGGAAAAGCUGCAAACCCGACUCAUGGAGGAGAUGACCUUCCUGGAAGGAGCUGAAGCCUCAGAUCAUCCUGCUCAUACACUGCAGCACAGGUAUUCAGAACACACCCAGCUUCAGACUCAGCAGAGGGCAGUCCAGGAAGCCAUCCAAGUGAAGCUGAAUGAAUUUGAGCAGUGGAUCACACAGUAUCAAACUGCCUUCAGCAAUCUGGAGGCCACUAAACUGGCAGGCCUACUUCAAGAAAUAAGCAGCCAGAUGGAUUUAGGUCCUCCUAGCUAUGUUCCUGCCACAGCUUUUCUACAAAAUGCAGGCCAGGCGCAUCUCAUCACACAAUGUGAGCAAUACGAAGCAGAGAUGGGAACCUUGCUACAACAGAGACGCUCUGUGCUUCGUGGCUGCUUGGAGAAUCUUCACAACUAUGCUACUGUAGCACUUUUGUACCCCAAAUCAGUAUUCCAAAAACACAGAAUGGAGCAAUGGAAGACGUGGAUGGAAGAGCUUAUAUGCAGCAUGACCAUGGAGCACUGUCAGGAAAUAUAUACAAAGUAUGAAAUACAAUAUGCUCCUCAGCCUCCCCAAGCUGUCUGUCAGUUCCUUUCUGCCACUGAACUGGCCCUGCAACGCUAUUAUGCUGAUACAAAUAAUAGGCUUUUGAGGCAAGUAGAACGACUGAAACAAGAGGUGGCAACUGUUCCAGUUUGUGAAGAGCAGCUGAAAGAAAUUGAGCGCUGUAUUAAGGUUUUUCUGCAUGAAAAUGGUGAGGAGGGUUCCCUGAGUCUGGCUAGUGUGGUCGUAUCUGCUCUCUGCGCUCUCACAAGACGUAAUUUGAUGAUGGAAGGAGCUGCUUCCAGUGCUGGAGAACAACUGGUGGAUCUUACAUCUCGGGAUGGAGCUUGGUUCUUAGAGGAACUCUGCAGUAUGAGUGGCAAUGUUACAUGUCUUGUCCAGUUAUUAAAACAAUGCAAGCUAAUCCCUCAAGAUCUGGAUAUACCCAAUCCACUGGAGGCUUCUGAAGCUGUACAUCUGGCUAAUGCAGUUUACAUUUCUUUGCAGGAAUUGAACUCAAAUUUUCGUCAGAUUAUUUUCCCUGAAGCUCUCCGAUGCUUAAUGAAAGGAGAGCAGACACUGGAGAACAUGCUUCAAGAGUUAGAUAACCUGAUAGAGCAGACCACUGAUGGGACAUCACUACAGAACAUGGUCGAAUUGCUGCAGACUUACCUAAGAAAUGCAGCCAUGGGCCUAGAAGAUGAGGCAAAUGCUCACUACAUUGAUGUUGCAAGGUUACUUCAUUCUCAGUAUGGAGAGUUGAUUCAGCCAAGGAAUGGCUCUGUGGAAGAAACUCCAAAAAUGUCUGCUGGUCAGAUGCUGUUGGUUGCAUUUGAUGGGAUGUUUGCUCAGGUUGAAACUGCAUUUGGCUUACUACUGGAGAAGUUAAAACAGAUGGAAAUUCCACAUGCUUGGAGAAAGGUUGAUAUCAUCCGUGAAGCACGAAGUACACAGGUGAACUUUUUUGAAGAUGACGAACUUCGCCGUGUUUUGGAUGAGAUAUUUUUCUUGAAAAGAUUACAAACGAUCAGAGAAUUCUUCCGCCUUUGUGGCACAUUUUCUCAAACCUUGUCAGGGAAAUGCCCUAUUGAUGAACAAACUCCUGUUAAUGGACCUGUGCAGCUGGUCAAUGUAAAAACAAUGUACAGAAACUCUUGUUUUAGUGAAGACCAAAUGGCCAAACCAAUCAAAUCUUUUACAGCUGACUUUGUGAGGCAACUCUUGAUUGGCUUACCUACACAGGCUUUGGGACUGACUUUGUGCAGCUUCAUCAGUGCUUUGGGUGUGGAUGUUAUUGCUCAAGUGGAAGCCAAAGACUUUGGGGCAGAAAGUAAAGUUUCCAUUGAUGAUCUCUGUAAAAAGGCUGUGGAGCACAACAUUCAGAUCUCCAGAUUCUCCCAGCUAGUAAUGAACAGGGCUACUGUCCUAGCCAGUUCUUAUGACACUGCCUGGAAGAAACAAGACUUGGUGCGUCGUCUAGAAACAAAUAUUGCUUCCUGUAAAACCAGUAUGCAGCGUGUGCAGCUUCACAUUGCAAUGUUUCAGUGGCAGCAUGAGGACUUCCUGAUUAGUCGCCCACAAGCAACAUCUGUUACUCCUCCCCGCUCCGCCAUCUUAACCAGCAUGAAGAAGAAGCUUCAUACUCUUGGACAGAUUGACUCUUCUAUUUCCGCAGUCCAGGAAAAAUUAGCUGCUUUAGAAGCCAGCAUUGAGCAGCGUUUGAAAUGGGCAGGAGGAGCAAAUCCUGCCUUGGCACCAGUUCUUCAAGACUUUGAGUCUACUAUUACAGAGAGAAGGAAUUUUGUACUAAAGGAAAACCAAAGAACCAAUCAGGUCACCUUCCUUUGUAGCACCAUCAUACACUUUGAAAGUUUACGCACACGGACUACUGAGACUCUAAGCAUGGACACUAGCCUGUUUGAGCUCAUUAAACGUUGUCAACAGAUGUGCUCAUUUGCCUCCCAGUUCAAUAGUUCAGUAUCUGAGUUGGAGCUACAGCUUUUGAAAAGAGUGCAGGGACCAUCGAAUGAGAGUGCCAUUGGAAGUCCUGAAUGGCUGGUUUCUGCCCACAAGCAGUUGAGUCAUGAUAUGUCAAAUCAGAGGAAUCUACAGAGUGAGAAGGAGCAGCAGAUUGAGGCGGUGUGUGAAACCAUUCAGAAUUUGGUGGACUGCAUCAAGACUGUGCUGACUAGUCAUAACAGGCAGCUGGGAGAUGUCAAACACUUGCUGAAAGCAAUGGCAAAGGAUGAAGAGGCAGCCUUGGCAGACGGUGAAGAUGUGCCCUACGAGAACAGUGUUAGGCAGUUUUUGGGCGAGUACAAGGCCUGGCAAGAUAACAUUCAAACGGUUCUGUUUACUCUGGUUCAGGCUUUGGGCCAAGUGCGCAGCCAAGAACAUAUAGAUAUGCUGCAGGAAAUAACACCGACUCUGAAAGAGCUGAAAACCCAGAGCCAGAGUAUCUAUAACAAUCUGGUGGGUUUUGCAUCACCUUUGGUAACAGAUUCAACAAACGAGUGUGCUAGUCCGACUACAUCCUCAACGUACCUUCCCAGUUUUGCUGCAGCGGUGCGUAGUAACACUGUCCCAAAGACCCAGCCAGAGGGCAUGUCACAGAACGCAAAAAAGUCAGUCCAGAAAAAUGUGGUGCCAUCAGCAGAUACACCACCGAGCACUGUUCCCGGGCCUGGCAAGAGUGUUGUUUCUAGUCCAAAAAAGGCAGUGCGGGAUCCGAAGACUGGCAAAGCUGUACAAGAGCGCAAUUCUUAUGCUGUCAGUGUUUGGAAACGAGUGAAAGCCAAGCUAGAGGGGAGAGACGUGGAUCCCAACAGAAGGAUGUCUGUUGCUGAACAGGUGGAUUUUGUGAUUAAAGAGGCAACAAAUCUAGAUAACCUGGCUCAGCUGUAUGAAGGUUGGACAGCUUGGGUGUGA